AAUACUAGCUCUCUGCUAAAAAAAAAUUGUCAGCAUUUAUUCAUUCAAUUCCAUCAAUCAUUCUUUCUUUCUCUGUCAAAAUGGCGGCCGUGCAAGAGGCGAGACGUGAACCUAUCCAGGCCGUCCAAGUAUUCGGACGUAAAAAAACUGCCACAGCAGUUGCAUACUGCAAGCGUGGCCGUGGGGUGCUUCGGGUGAAUGGUCGCCCAUUGGAUCUUGUGGAGCCCCGUCUCCUCCAAUACAAAUUGCAGGAGCCUAUCUUAUUGCUUGGAAAGGAAAAGUUCUCUGGCGUUGAUAUCAGAGUGACUGUCAAGGGUGGUGGUCAUGUGGCACAGGUGUAUGCAAUCAGACAAGCCAUCUCGAAGGCACUCAUCGCAUUCUAUCAAAAAUAUGUAGACGAGGCGUCAAAGAAGGAGAUCAAAGACAUUCUCGUUCAAUAUGACAGGAGUUUGCUAGUAGCCGAUCCUCGUCGCUGCGAAGCCAAGAAGUUCGGUGGUCCAGGUGCCCGCGCCAGAUACCAGAAAUCUUACCGAUAAUACCUAUGCGUUUAUCAUCGAGUGGUAUCACACUGGAUUGUUGUCUCUCAGUGCGAUAUCAUUGGGUGUUUUUAAAAUAAUAAAAAAUCAUAAAAACAG